UGGGUUAGUCCAACUAAUAUCAUCAAUGCGAGGAUGUCCAUACAUACAUACAUACAUACAUACAUUGAAAUGAUUGACACUUGCUAAGCUGUGCAACCCUCCUGCUGAUGUUAAAUAACGCGAGUUUAAUGACGAAACCAACAUUCAAACACUGAUAUUAAAACGCAAAAUCCGACAUUUAUGGAAAGCCCAUUAAUACAUUUGAACAGAGAGAAGAAGAAGAAGAAGAAACUCCCAAUAUGUGUGUGUGUGUGUAUAAUAGCAUUAUGUUUGGUAAUAUUUAUGAGUGUCGACAGUUUCAGAAUCCACUGCCUCUUUAUAUUUGAGCCAUUUUUUUUCCAGAUUAUGAAGGAUCUCCAGAAUUGGUUAAAAAUCCUAUCAAAUUGCACAAACUUAAAACGCUAUCACCAACCUUCAUUAUCUCCAUUGUCACCAACCCCGAAUCUCCUCUAUUAACAUACAGAUCUCUCUCGUCUUAUAAACGCGAGCAGUAGAAAAACCCAGAAACGCGGAGGAGGAACAAUGCCAAGGCAGUUGCAGAGAUCUCUCCAGGGUUACCUUUCGAAGAUCAAACGGGAGACGGGGAAAAUCCAACUGCCGUCGAAUUCAUUCUCGUCGUCGAAGAAUUGGGUUCUGUCUGGAUGCAAGCAUCCGAAGACGCUCUCGUUCUCCGUCAACCGCAGGCACAGGAGACGCAAGAGCAAAAGCAAGGAUGGCGAGAGCGACCGCGACAGUGGUCACGCCGCCACUUUGUCUGACAUCGACCGAUUUCUCGAAGAGAAUUUCAAAUCGCUUUGCAUCAGAGAUGACGAUGGCCACGGCGACGACGAAGGUGUUGGCGCGGACAGUGAACGCGACCGGGCGAAGAAGAAGUUAGACGAAAGCGAGGAUGACGAUGACAGCAGCGACGACGACGAUCAUGACAGAUUCCAGAGGGCGUGGGGCCCAGCUCUGUACGAUUCCCCGAAACCGUCGGAAGCGCCGUCGGAUCCGAGGAGAUCGGAGCUUCCGACGGAAGAGGGACGACGGAGCAUCGCGACCACCACCACCACCACAACGACAGCGUCGAUGUUGGAGGAGAUUCCGUCGAGCUCUAACUCAUCGACGUUCCGAUACGGAGGGCGAUCGGCGGUGCUGCCGGAGAACUGUAUAGCGGUGCUGAGGAACGCCCCGGAUCCGCAGGAGGAGUUCCGGCGAUCGAUGGUGGAGAUGGUAGAGGGUAGGUUAUACGGGAUGAAGGAAUCGGAGGUGGAUUGGGAAUUCAUGGAGGAGGUGCUCUUCUGCUACCUGGAGCUGAACGACAAGAAAUCGCACAGAUUCAUACUGAGCGCCUUUGUGGAUCUAAUAGUAGUCCUACGUCAGGAGGAGAAGACCGUCACCAGAAACGGUAUGACCAGAUCUCUCAGCAGCCGCAUCGCCAGGGACAGGCUCAGGCGGAGGAUGCGCCGCCCUUUCUAAGACCAACCCCUUGCUUUCAUCCAAUUAUUCCCAUCCCGCCACCUCCGCCAUUGUCGUUCUUUGUCUUGCCUGUUUGGGUUCAGGGCUUUGUUCGUUUUUUCACAAGACAGCAUGAUUCUGAUGGCCCAAACGAGCGAGGAUAGCCCAAUGGGCCUGGCCCAUUAUUAGUUCAAUUACAUAAUUAAAAUAUAUAUUUUUAAAGACCUGACUCGUGUCGUGAAUGUAUGUUGUGAUCGUGUCAUUCCUCAAGCUCGACGUAGAUCUUUCUAGAAGCAAAGAGUAUCUCUGCAACAUCGCCCAUCAAAUCAUGUUCCCAAAAUUAACCAACAUGUAAAUUUUUACAUAUAUAUACAAAUACAAAUUACAAUUAUACCUGUAUAUAUUUGAAAAAAAUAAUAUUUUAAAUCAAACAAAAUAAAUACUUUCUAGAAAAUUAAUUGGAAAAACCACCUUAUUCAAAAGGGGAAAAGAAAAUUCCAGACAAGCCCUGCGUCUUGUGGCCGUCUGCUCCUUAAUAAAACCCCUCUUCCCUUCCAGUUGCCCCCGGUGGUUCAUUUCCUCGCGGCGACGGCCACACUCACAGAUUU